AUUCCCUUCGCUGCACAGCGAUAAAUCCUCCUUGAAGAAGCAAUCUCCUUCCCAAAUACAACCAUAAACCCCCCUUUUUUUCAUCAGAUCGGGUCAUUGAAGCAUCCUCCGAUUCAUUUUCAGGCACUUUUUCCCGUAGUAUCGAUUAAACAUGAGCUUCCUCUUUGGCAAGAGAAAAACUCCUGCAGAGCUUCUGCGGGAAAAUAAGAGGAUGAUUGACAAGUCUAUCAGAGAGAUAGAGAGGGAGAGGCAAGGUCUUCAGAACCAAGAGAAGAAACUGAUUGCAGAGAUAAAGAAAAGUGCAAAGCAAGGGCAGAUGGGAGCUGUAAAGGUGAUGGCGAAAGACCUUAUCCGAACACGACAUCAGAUUGAAAAGUUUUAUAAGCUUAAAUCACAGCUCCAAGGCGUAUCUCUUCGAAUUCAAACAUUGAAAUCGACACAAGCGAUGGGAGAAGCAAUGAAAGGUGUGGCAAAGGCAAUGGGCCAGAUGAACAGACAGAUGAACUUGCCGUCGUUGCAGAAAAUCAUGCAAGAAUUCGAGAUGCAGAACGAGAAGAUGGAGAUGGUUAGUGAGGUAAUGGGUGAUGCAGUUGAUGAUGCUUUGGAAGGGGAUGAGGAAGAAGAGGAAACAGAAGAACUUGUCAGUCAAGUUCUUGAUGAGAUUGGGGUCAAUAUCAAUCAAGAGCUUGUCAAUGCACCAUCAUCGGCUGUUUCAGCACCAGCUUCAAAGGGUAAGGUUGCUGCGCAGGCAGAAGCAACUGGGAACGACGACGGUGGGAUAGAUGGUGACUUACAGGCAAGGCUAGACAAUUUGAGAAGGAUGUAGCAAGUAUGCCUUAUUACUUCUGUAUAAUAUAUGAACAUUCCCUCCUUGGUGGAAGGCAAAAAUACAUUUGAAUUGUAACAUCUUGGAAACCCGUGCGAGAGUUUAUCGAGUCAAGAUUUGGAAACACACGGAAACUACAUUAAAUUACUUUUUCCUUUU